UAACGUUGAGAUCUGGUUCCUCAGGUGUCGAUCUGUUCCCGGACCUUAAGUGUUGGUAUGUGGUUUCGGUCCCUCCGGUCCGCCGUUUUCCUUCUUUUUCAUCUCCGGAUCUUCUUGUUUGCUCCCCCUCUGGAAACCUUCGUACCGACUUUCGACACCUAGUCCUUCUCCGGCUACCCUUUU